UGAACAGAUUAACCUUUAACCCUGUACCUAAUGACCGUGCCUCAUUGCAUUGUUCGCGGCUGGUCGGUGCACUCUGAACCGGUGCAGUAAAACCGGCCCACAAAAUAAUCUCCACAAAACCUCCAUGGGGAUGGGAGGGAGACUCCUUACUAAUCACUUGUAAGCUUUUUGAACCGUACGCGCACAUGCGCCCGUAUGGCGGUGCACUUGAGCGAAGUGACUGGUUGUUUGUGGUGCUGAUUGUUGUACCUACUGCGCGAGUCUGUCUGUGUGUGUGUGUGUGUUGAUGUGCUGACCGGCCGCGAGAUCAAUGAGACGUAGAAUCCGGUUUCGCGAUGCCGCUGUUGUACGCGCCCGCGGCAUAGUACGCGGCGUUAUCGCGCAAAUGUAGCGCAGAUGUAAUAGUGGCGUACAACCAACAAAACCUUUCAUACGUACACACGCUCACCGUACUCGAUCGAUAGCGGGGUUAAAAACAUUACAUUGGAUGGGUGUUCAGUACGGUGUUGCUAGUUUUUGUCCCUAGUCAUCCACAGCAUCACGUCUCGUGCGGACCGCAGUGGUGAUGGUGGUGGUUGUACAAAUUGGGCUUGCCCUACUGGUGGUGAUCCUCACGAUCAACUAUCUGCUGGUGCGGCAAAACAUAAAGUAUGGCAGACACAUCCCGGGACCGGUUCCGCUGCCGAUAGUGGGCUGCUUCUACCUUUACAUUAAUUUAAAGCCCGAAGACAUCAUCGACUUCGUAUCGGACCUGCGGAAACGGUACGGCAACUUGUUCCGCGUCUGGAUCGGCAACCGGUUAGCGUUGUUCUGCACCAACGUGAAGUACAACGAGACGGUCCUGAGCAGCCAGAAGCUGAUCCGCAAGAGCGAGCUGUACAAAUUCCUCAUCCCAUGGCUGGGCGACGGGCUGCUGCUGAGCACGGGCCAGAAGUGGUUCAGCAAGCGCAAGAUCCUUACGCCCGCCUUUCACUUCAAGAUCCUCGAUCAGUUCAUCGAGGUGUUUCACAAGCAGAGCAGCAUCCUGGCCGACCGGUUGCGGCCGGAAGCGAACGGGCAGCUGGUGAACAUCUACCCGUUCGUGACGCUGGCGGCGCUGGACAUCAUCUGCGAAACGGCCAUGGGUACCUCGAUCAAUGCACAGACCGAUGCUGAUUCGGCCUACGUGAAAGCGAUCACGGAGCUGAGCCUGGUGCUUACGGGCAGGUUCGUGAAGGUGUGGCAGCGUGUUGACUUUCUGUUCAAUCUGUCCCCGGACAAGCGGCGCCAGGAUCGGAUCAUUAAGGUGCUGCAUGAUUUCACCACGAAGAUCAUACAAUCGCGCCGCCGGGAGUUGAUGGAGCAGGGCGGUGGUGGUGGUGGAACGGUCGAGGAUGAAGAUAUGGCCGAUUUGGGGACGAAGCGUCGGAUGGCCUUUUUGGACGUGUUGCUGCAGGCCACCAUCGAUGGGCGCCCGCUGACGGACAGGGAAAUACAGGAGGAGGUGGACACGUUCAUGUUCGAGGGACACGAUACGACCACGAUUGCCAUAUCGUUCACGUUGCUGCUACUCGCACGCCAUCCGGAGGUGCAGGAACGGGUGUACCGGGAAGUGGUGGCGAUAGUGGGUAAUGAUCCGGCCACACCGGCGACUCACCGGAAUCUGCAGGACAUGAAGUAUCUGGAGCUGGUGAUUAAGGAAUCGCUUCGUCUGUAUCCGCCGGUACCGAUCAUCGCCCGUCGAUUCACCGAGAAUGUUGAGUUGGGAGGAAAAAUAGUACCGGAGGGGUCCAAUUUUAAUAUCGGCAUCAUGCACAUGCACCGCGAUCCUACCUUGUUUCCCGACCCGGAACGGUUCGAUCCUGAACGGUUUGCGCCCGACCCAACGAUGGAGCAGUCGAGCCCGUACGCCUACGUUCCGUUCAGUGCUGGACCACGCAAUUGUAUUGGUCAAAAGUUUGCCAUGCUGGAGCUGAAAAGUACCGUGUCGAAGGUGAUUCGGCACUUUAAACUGACUGCAGCCGGUCCGGAACCAAAGCUAACGAUGCAGCUGACGCUGAAGCCUCGAGACGGUCUGUAUAUUGGAUUCGUUCCACGUGGAUAGUGGAUGGUGCUGCAUUUCUACACAUUCGCCGGGUGCAACCGUCUUUCGACAGCCGGAAGAUAAGAGGGACAGCGAAACGAGGGAGUUUUUGUACACACAUAUGGUUUGUGUGUGCUUACUUGGGAAGCGAUGUUAGCGCAAGCGUUGUUUUAGUUAUGGGCAUAAAAAUAAAUAAUUUGUGAAAAAAAUGUUUCGCGACU